UGUCCAGGUUUCAGUGCUAUCGCAAAACUAAACUUUAACACAACCUUUACGGGUAUAGAACGGGGAAUGGUAGCUAGCUUGAAUCAUUGCGUAUCAGCCGCACAUUAUUGUUGCACAAUGCUAACCGCAAUUGCUGCACCAUGUUUCGGCAGUAUUGUUACGCUCGCCGUUACCAUGGCGUUUGUUCUUACCACGCGCGCACUUGUCUGAAUCAAACAUUCUGAAGUGUGCUCAAGAAAGACAGCAAUAUUUCGGUUCACUCUCUACAUUCUUAUAUGAAUACUAAAGUUGUAAUCAAGCUAUUACCAAUAUCUGAAUUGCGUGUUCGAGGCCUAUCUCAUCUGCUAAAGCCUCCGCUAGUGCUAGUGAGCCAUACUGCCAGGAGUGGGAGGGACCAGUUGCCUUAAACCAAUGAACAAUGACCAUAGUUGACAGAUCUUCAGAGAAGUCUGACCUGGAGUCAGUGGGGUGCAAGCGCUCCCCGUUCCCCAGCGGCGACGCAGGGAUGGACGGCAGCUGCUCCAGCUGGGGAGGGGGACCCUCGCCCAGUGACCCACCCAGGGUGAAGGCUGGGGCAGGGGGCUGCCUAGGACCCACUCCUGGGGCAACCGUGUACAGCAACACGCCCCACUCUGGGGACAGGCCCAAGGAACAAGCGGUGCUCACCAGUGGAGACGGCAUUGCCCCGCCCCAGAAGGUUCUGUUCUCCCCAGACCGCCUCAGCCUGAAGUGGAACCAGGUCCAUCGCAUCGGGGCAGGCCUGCAGAACCUCGGCAACACCUGCUUCCUCAACUCGGCCAUGCAGUGUCUCACCUACACCGCCCCGCUCACCAACUACAUGCUGUCCAGGGAGCACUCCAAGACAUGUCACGAGCCAGGCUUCUGUAUGAUGUGUACCAUGCAGAACCACAUCACCCAGGUGUUUGCUAACUCUGGAAACGUCAUCAAGCCCAUCGGCGUUCUCAACGAGCUCAAACGGAUUGCCAAGCAUUUCCGCUACGGGAGCCAAGAGGAUGCCCAUGAGUUCCUACGCUACACUGUGGAUGCUAUGCAAAAGUCCUGCCUACCUGGAACCAAGCUUGACAGGCAGACGCAGGCAACUAGUUUCAUCCAUCAAGUUUUUGGGGGAUAUCUAAGGUCAAGAGUAAAAUGUUUAAACUGCAAAGCAGUCUCUGACACCUUCGAUCCCUACCUGGACGUCGCCCUGGAGGUUAAGACUGCUCCCAGCAUCACCAAGGCCCUGGAACAGUUUGUGAAGCCAGAGCAGCUGGAUGGGGAGAAUGCCUACAAAUGCACCAAGUGUAAGAAGAUGGUCCCUGCCUCCAAGAGAUUCACCAUCCACCGUAGCUCCAACGUCCUCACCAUCUCACUCAAGCGCUUCGCCAACUUCAACGGGGGCAAGAUCGCAAAGGACGUGCGGUACCCAGAGUACCUGGACCUGCGCCCCUUCAUGUCCCAGAGCCACGGGGAGCCCCAGGUCUAUGCCCUCUACGCCGUGCUGGUCCACUCUGGGUUCAGCUGCCAUGCCGGACACUACUUCUGCUACAUCAAGGCCAGUAACGGGCAGUGGUAUCAGAUGAACGACUCCACGGUGGCCGUCAGUGACAUCCGCUCGGUCCUGAACCAGCAGGCCUACGUUCUCUUCUACAUCAGGUCCCCCGAGCUGAAGAACGGGGGAGAUUACGGCCACCCGAACCGCAACACCGGCCAGUCGUCCCCGAGGCCGCCCGUCCUCACCCCGCGCCUCAACACCGCGCCCCGGCACACGCACGCCUCCGCCGGCUUCAUCGGCCCGCAGCUGCCCCCUCACAUGUCAAAGAACACCCUCCUCAUGAACGGGAACGGCUCUCUAAGGGACCACCCGUCUGGCUCCAAGCCCAGCACCAGCACUGGAGGCCCGGGCAAGAGCGCCCAGGGACUCCUCGCAUCCUCUUCCUCAUCCUCCUCUCUCUCCCGGCCCACUGGGAUCCCGGAGCCCGCAAAGCGCCAGAAGCUCUCCUUCUUCAUUGGCCAGGGCAAGCAGAUUCGCCCCUCCUCCUCCUCCUCAGGCUCGUCCUCCUACUACGCCCAGCCUUCCUCUGCCCACUCUACCUCAGACCCCUCGUCCGCUCAGCACCCGCCUCGUGUCAACGGGGCCCCGGCCGGUAACGGGAGUCAGGGGGGCGGCGGCGCGGCCUUCUUGGUGCCCUACGAACACGAAUCGUCGGAGGAGUCGGACCAGGAGGGCGCUGGCCACGAGAACGGCCUGGGUAAGGCCCACGUCAACAGCAGGAAUGGGGGAGGGCCCGUGUACGGCCCCGCCCCCCGGCCCCAGCCGCCCUCCAAGACCUCCGGGGAGGCGGGUCAGCACCACCACAACGGGAGCGCCAGUAACGGGAGCCCAGCCUCCAAUGGCGUGCCCAAGCCCAGCCAGAACGGUCACCACAAGGUCAACGGAGACCAGAUCCCCGAGAAGGUGACUGAAAAUGGCCAUGGAGUCCUGUCCAGUGUGGCUGCCAGCACGGUGAAUGGCCAAGAGUCCCACCAUAGUCAGACCACCCCCCCCCAGACCAAGCCCCAUGUCCUGAGUGAAGGACUCCCCUCUCCCGCACCCGAGAGACCCGCCUCCAUUAACGACAUAAGGGCUACCCCUCCCUCGGUCCCCACACCCCCUGCUGCUAGCACUCCAUCCUCAUUGGCCGCGGCCACUAAGACUGACGCUGUAACCGACGCCUCCAUGGAGGCUGCCUCCUCCUCUUUCCUUUCAGCUCCCGCCAUCUCCCCAGCCUCGUCCCAACCUCUUGGCCCACCCGUCUCCCAGCCUCCCCUAGGCCCGGCGCCGGAGCCCAAGGCCUCUGUGCCGGCCCCCGCCACACACGGGGAGCACGGGGCUGGGGACAAGGCCAAGGAGCUCCCGAAGCCCCCCCACAGCAAUGGGCUGGGGGGGAGAGGAGACGGCAAGCCCAGCUCCAAGGAGGAGAGACGCUCAUCCAGGGACAGAGACAGACCGUUCACCUCAGACAGAGACCGGGAGAAAGACCGCCUCUACUCCUCCGACAGGGAGCGAGAGCGGGACCGGGACCGAGACAGAGAGCGCUACCCCAGGGACAGAAGCCGGGACCAGGACCGAGACACAGACCGCUACCGCUACCGGAGGGACCACAGGUCGUACCGGGACCGCUCGUCCAGCCGGGACCGGCACCACCGGGACUGGGAUUGGGAGCGGCGGUGGGAGCGGACGGGCCACCACCCUCGGGACUGCGACCGAGACCGCUGCUCUCACCACUACCACCAGCGCCCACGGGAGGAGCGAGACCGGGAGAGGAGGGAGCACAGGUACCACGCCCACCGAGACGACCCGCACGGCCGCCGGAGGAGCAGGGAGGAGGGCAGGGAGAGGGGCGAGGGCAGGGAGAGGGACUACCUCGCCAAGCAAGAGCAGACCUCCCUGCCCCAUCAGAGCUCCAGCAGGACCACCCACUCCCCCCCGCACCCCUCCACCCCCCUGGGGGGUUCGGCCCUGAGCAGCGAGGACCCGGGGAGGAGCAGGGGCGCCGAGCGGGAGGAGAGCUCAGAGGAACGGCUUGCCAAGAAACACAAGAAGAGCAAGAAGAAGAAGAAGUCUAAGGAUAAAGAGAGGCACCGUAAGCAAAGCAGCUCUGACGUGGAGUCCUCCGACCGGGGCGAGGGCGGCUCCUCCUCUAAACACAAGAAGAAGAAGAAGAGAAAGAGGCGAAGGCACGACACGGAGAGCGAGUCGGAGAGGUCGGGGGUCGAGAGCCGCUCGACCCAGAGUUCCGAGGGGCAGCGGGGCCACAAGGAGAGGGCGGGCCACAAGCGCCAGCACGACAACCCGGGGAAACGCCGCCGACUUGAUGAUGAUGAUGACGUCUAUGAGGGCCACCUGUCGUCUCGCCACCCGUCCCCCUCGGCCCCAGCCAGCAGCGGGACACAUCACCAUCUGAAUGGACACACAGGUAACGGUUUCAGUCGACCCAGCGGAGACUCCCAUGGAAGUUCUACCAACAACAUGUACUCGGACAUGAGACACUGAGACAGUCUCCUCUCCUCUCGCUAAUAGAACAAUACUUUGAAUACUGUACAAAAUCAACCUUUUAUGGAUAAUUGAAAUUCAGCAGCAAAGGAAUGACAUCCGCUUAUUUGAACGUGGUGCUUAAAUCAUUGGAGGAAUAUACUGUAUUUUUACCACCUGGAACAGAAAUGUUUUAAAGAUUCUAGAUUCUCUUUUUUUUAAACUGUUUGAUUUAGUUUUCUUCUCCUAACUCAUUGUUUGACAGUGAACCCUGUCUCUCAAUGGCCAUUUAUGAUAAAGAAUUAAUAUAUACUUGUACUGUAAAGACACGAAAACAAGGAAACAACUUCAGAAGCCUGGAGCUUGACCAUCUCACCUGCUGCUCAGUGGAAGACUCAGGACUUUCAACUUUGACCUUAGUUUGAAAACAAGACUUUAAGUACUUGUAAGGGUCACCUGGUUAUAAAAGGAAAAGAAGAAAAAAAAGAAAAAGACAUUGAACUGUUAACUGCACGAUGUGAUGUCAUAUCUACAAAUGUGUUGGAGGAAGGGCCUCGAAAGGCCUCGAGAGAUCUGUCCUCCGUCUAAAGAGGAGGAAGACGAAGGAGGGAUGGAGAAAUGAACUGAAGAUGAGCCAAGUGUGGUGGGACUAGACCUUCACCUCCACACACCUGGACAGACAUCACCUCCACACACCUGGACAGACAUCACCUCCACACACCUGGACAGACAUCACCUCCACACACCUGGACAGACAUCACCUCCACACACAUCCAGACAGGAAUUUUUUUCUUCUCUCUAAAGCCUAAGAUCUUUCAAGCCUCUUACAAGGUGUUUCUUUGUCUUUCCCUUUAUUCUAUCACAUUUGAACUAUUCUUUACUUUAAAUCUCAUUAUUCGAGCAUUCAAAAAAAGCAUAAAUGUUGAUCAUGUUAAUACAUAACGACUGUGGAACCUUUCGUGUUUUGCUUUUUAAAGAAAUUCCGUUUUCUUUUUCUUUUCAUAACGUCCAUAAGAAAGAAUACUGUGAAUUUGAUUUUUGAACUGUAGUAUCAGUUAUCUUUUAUACAUAAGUAACAGUCCUGUAUCAGGAGAACCAAUAGAGAACCGCUUUUUCUGUUGUCAUAUUGGGUUUUUAGAUGAUUCCGAUGCGGUCUUGCAGCCUCUGUUCUGUGGACAUACAGGGAGUCAGGUGGGGGGAGGGGGGGCCCUGGCGGUUUGCUCUUUUUUUCUACAUUUUCAAAGACAAAAAAAAAAGCUGAAGGCAGUAAUGUUAAACCUUUAGUUCUUCAAUAGCAUGUCAGAUUUAUACAUUGUACACGUAUGUUGAAAAAAAAAAAGCCUUAAAAAUACAGUUGUUAAUGCCAGAAAUUGUAAC